ACUUCUUUCACAUAUAAGAUACCUAUCAUCAAGAUAUCAACAAGAUAUCAUAUUCAUAUUUUCAUCAACCUUUGACGGCCUGGAUCAUGCCUCGUAUUAAUCUAAUUUUGUUUACUGCCUAAAAACGCGUGCGUUGUAUCUAAUAAACCUGAUGAAGAGUUAAAAGGAGAAGUGCUAGGUUGAGAGAGCGUACCUAUGCAGAUAAAUGAAGGAUGAGCUGUGGCGUCAUGCGAAAUUCAUCGAGAGUCCGAUGUUUCGUCAACGGGCCUACGUGCCUCCAUCAAUUAAAUAUUAACCAGCAAUGCCUUCCAAUUUUGACCGCGCCUUGGACACGUCCAAAGAGAAUGCUCCCAAGUCUGCCUACGACAGUGAGACCUUCGAUGCCAACGUGACAAUUCACGUCGAUGGACUAGUUGGAUCAGCCACUAUAUCGCCAUGUGGUCGCGACGUCGCCCUUGCCUCCCCCGAAGGUUUAGCCAUCAUUGAUCUUGAUGCUCCUUAUAAUCCACCCCGCCGCCUAAGUAGCCAUGGACACCCGUGGUUGGUGGUAGACGUGCAGUGGUCGCCUUUUGCGGCCCGAGAUUACUGGGUUGCCUCGACAGCCAAUCACCGAUGUCUAGUUUGGAACUUGAAUCUGAGAGAAGACUCUACGACCGGAGCUAUCGAGCACUCUCUUCAGGGCCAUAGUAGGGCCAUCACAGAUAUCAACUUCUCGGCUCAUCACCCUGACAUGCUUGCCACCUGUGCGGUCGACGGCUAUGUACAUUGUUGGGACUUGCGGAAACCUAAGCAACCCGUCUUAACUUUCUGCGACUGGUUCGCUGGCGCUACCCAAGUUAAAUAUAAUCGACAAGACCCAAACGUCCUCGCAUCCUCUCAUGACAGGUGGCUGCAUAUUUGGGACGAGAGGAAGCCAUCCACUCCCCUCAAAUCUAUCAGUGCACACACCUCUAAAAUCUACGGCCUUGACUGGAAUCGUAGCAAGGCCACCAGCCUUGUUACUUGCUCUUUGGACAAGAGCAUCAAGUUCUGGGACUACAGCGUAUCCGAAGAGCCGCAGAGGAUUAUUCGGACGGACUUUCCUGUAUGGCGUGCACGUCAUACUCCUUUCGGUUAUGGUUUAUUAGCUAUGCCUCAAAACGACCCCGGAAACCUUUAUUUGUACGAUACUCGACUUAAUGAGGGGGAGGCUUUAGAUGGUGCCAUUGAUCCAUGCAAUAUUUUCCCCGGACAUGGAAACAAUAAGGUAAAGGAGUUCUUGUGGAGGGCCCGGGGGUCUAUCUCAGAUGACGGGAUAGACAAUCGAGAAUUUCAGCUCGUAUCAUGGGGUGAAGAUAACGAACUGCGCCUUCAUAAAGUCGACCAGCCGACUUUAGAGUCCGUUGGUCACGUAAAAGGCUGCAUGGCUCGAAAUAUUAACAUCACAAGAAAAGGAGCAGCAUAUAAGACAUAUAGGUCCGUUGACGAUCACGCUAAUAGAGAGAAGAGAACAACCACUAUGAGCGAUCCUCGUCCCGGAAGUGGCGGGAGUCCAUUUCGCCGUAGCGCUCUUACUAUGGGGAUGCAAACAAUGUCUUCAAACUAUCCUCGUGCAGCCGCCACCAUGCCGAGUUGGAAAGGUCCGUCAAUGAAAGCAAAAACUGUUGCAGGGAAAGUAAUUGAUAGGAGCCUAGACCAGCUUGGUUGGAUGAAAGGUAUCACUAUGAGCAAGAAAUCGGGGCUCAUUAGAUCGUCACAGAGAAAAGAAUCCAGAGACUCUGGCAUCUUCGGGCACAACUUUCACGACGAACACUGGGCCGAGCCUGAAACGCUGCAGGAAGAGAUCGUCCGUGUCAAUCAGCAGAUGCCAAAUGUCACGUGGGACAGCGUAGAUAUGGAUUCUCUUAGCCUCAGAGCUUCCCUGAAAGGUCCCUGGGGCACAGAUGGGGAUACUAUUUUUAUCAAAGUCAGAGUAGAUAUCCCUAAAAACUAUCCGAAAUCAAGGGCGCCGAAAUUCAUGGUUGAGAAGACAGCCUUAAUGUCGGACGAGACGCAUAAGAAACUCGAACAGGAAAUACACCAGCUAGCAAGCCAAUUCUCAAAGAAACGGCAAAACUGCUUAGAAGUGGCCUUUAGUUUUCUUCUUGGAGAAGUUGAUCUAUCUAAUAGCGAUUCACUCUUUAAGAAUGUUAAAGAUCUAGAUGAUGAUAUAGGCGGACUCGCUGAUGAGAGUUCUAGCGAAGAGGAGGAUAAUUAUAUUUCUACGGGCGGUUCCGCAGCUAUGUCUCAGGAGCUGACUGCGAGUACUGAGCUAGAUGCCACUCUUGCUCCGACUAAUAGACCUACUAUACCACCGAUGCCACGCUUGUGUGGCUGUCGCUUCUCGAAUGAUGGGAGGUUGGUCUGUUUUUUUCCUACCAAGGAGGAAAAGGCCAAGAUUUCCUUUUUCCCUACGUCGGACUCUUACAGGGAGCGCCCUAAAGGCGAGCCUAGCUUUGCGGGCUUUGGUAGACUUCAGCAAGAAUCGUCUGCUCCGAGAAGCAGGUACAAUAACGACGAUAUCUCAACAACGGAAGAUCAAUCCGAUUCGGAAGACGCAGAGGAAUCGUCCAGCUCUAGCGACUCGGAAACUACGUAUAUGCAUAAGAUUAACAUGUGGUAUCUACCGGGUCGGCGUUUCAGAAAGACGUUCAGCGGUAGCUACUCUAUGCACUCAAGCGGCGGUGGAACUGGCAUUGGCACGGGCACCGGUACUGGUACUAGUAAACGCCGUCCGAGCAAGCCUAAGAACAUUAUAUCGAUCUAUAAUGUCGCUAAUGAGCUUCCUUCUAUGCAAGAGUUCGCUCAAGAGUAUUGCAUAUUUGGGGAUGGAUCAGAUGUGUGCGCUCAUAAUGCAGCUGUAGCAGAGAAAUAUGGGCGAUCUGAUCUUGUCGACGUUUGGAAUUAUGCAGCAUUAUUGCUUCGAAAAGAUAUCCCUCUCGAACUUUUAGGCGAUGGUCAAGGCAGGGAAUCAAUACUAGUCAUUGCAAAAGAUGCUGUUGCCCGUUUUGGCGAUAAUAGUUCGUCGUCUCUGCGUUCUCACACUGCAGCGCUGACUGGCAGGGUCAAAUGGGGGCAUCAUCCUCUCGCGAGAAGUUUAAUCGAUGACCUUUUCUAUUAUUUCGAUAAGAUGGCCGACGUGCAAAUGCUUGCCAUGCUCUCGUGCAUAUUUAGCGAGUCGUCCGCCGAAGAUAGCGUUGCCUACGCGGAAUCACAUCUCACUCAACCGGAAACGCCUCUUCCUAUGAAAGCACCAUCAUUCUCGUUGGAUUAUUUCCCCACAGACGCAUCACUUUGGCACGCCAGUACCUAUAGUCACAAAAGCCAAGCUAACUCAGCAAUUUCUACCCCCAAAACCCUACACACACCUGUUAAUCUUACCGGCUCGUACGGCUCGGAGGAAGUAACAUGGGGUGGCGACCCGAAAUCCAAUUCUUAUUCCUGUGGGGAAACGCCCCCGGCGUUGACACCUCAUGAGCCAAACGGUGAUCCAACACAGAGCUUAGCCGCAUCGCCAGAUAAUAGACUACUAAGCCGUGCCAACACCGCCUUGACCGCGGGCUUGGCUAGUUUCCCUAGAGCUUUUGCAAGCGUUGCGUCUACAUCUCCGCCUAGUCGGAAACGACCUAGUCCUGGAGAAACAUUCCUGUCUAACCUUGCCCCGACUAAUAUCACCUGGGGGAGUUCAACAGUUUUAGGCCCUGCGUCCGAACCGUCGGGUACCGCACGUAAUUCUUAUUCUGAUGAUGACGUGCGAAGUGACGAUACGCUGCCUCUUUUAUGCUAUGGUAUAUCCACGGAAAUAGAAGACCAGUCCAUAUUCGAUGAUGACGGCUGGCUUGGCGUUCCUUUCCUCGAGCCUUCCCGUCAUGCUAUAUAUGCGAGCUACCGCCAUGCAUACGCAGAAAUGCUACAAAUGUGGAACCAGCCAUUGGCUCGAUUAGAAAUCUUGAAAUUCAAUGUGCUUAAGGAUGAUCCCUCGGGGCCUCGAGCUACAAGCUUUGCAAGCUCGGGGGCUGCGAGCUUCCAUGAGUAUCACAACGUAGAGAAUACGAGCCACAGCUCCCGUUCACAUCACGGUGCCAACUCACCUAUCGUGCUGGGCAAGAAGGAGUUGCUGCAAACGCUGAUCACAUCAGAUAAGGGUAUCGAUGUAACCGGCAUUUGCCGCAUACAUGAGACCCAUCUAGACCCUAUUCGAUCUACACAUGCUGGCGCAACGCUUGGAGGCGCAGUUGGUACUUGCGAUCGUUGUAAACGCACGCAGAUGCAAUUGCUCUGCGUAUUUUGCAACGAGCCUAUCGACGCUCUCUACCCCCCUUGCUUGUCGUGCGGUUGUGCUAGCCAUGAGGCCUGUAUAGAACAAUGGCACGACGCUGGGGAGACUGAGUGCCCUGCUGGCGACGAGUGCAAUUGUAUCGAGGAAGCCAGUCACGGCCAAGUAGAAACGUGGGCCUCGAUUAUGGGAUUCGUAGAACGAUCAAAAAUGCAAAAGCAGUCGGAUUUUGACACGGACAAUGGGCGUAACAUUUACAAGCGCGGCUCAAUUGAUAGGCACGACUGGGAGAAGAUUGCCAGCGGCGCGCAGAUACCCCUUGCGGACGGACAGGGAAAGCCCCUAGACCAGAUACAGCCACUGCAUCAGAACCCGAUGUCCGCUGCCAGGAUCAGCCUCGGGAAUAAACUAAGGAAGUCGGCGGGCAACUGGGGGAGUACGGCCUCGUUGAGAAAGCCGGGGCCGAGCAGCAGUAGACGAUAAUUUUAUACUUGCGUGUUUGUAUAGAUAUAGUGUACAAGUAAAUAGACGAUUUUACAACCCGUCUUAUACGAAGAAGGGGGUCAAGGGAUAAAGGGGUAAUUAUGCAAGCUAAAGGAUUUUUUGUAAUGUGUGGUUUGUAAGGGGUUAUGAUGCUCGCUUAAGAGACUCGGGAUUAUAGCUUUGAGUUAAACUCCUACCAACCACGUGCUUUAUAUGACAAUACUUUCGAAUGCCAAACUCAGAAGUUGAUUACAUUCUUCCC